AUGGAUGUGUACGGUUUUCUUGGUAUUCCUGUAGGCCUUGGUGUUGUCUUCCCUCCAACUGCUGCUCAGAAUGUUGCUGCUGCUUGGAAUGCUAACCUCUGGAUUCAGCACAAUGUUCUUGUCUGGCCCCAAGCCGAGCUUGCCCUCCCUUCUGCCCCUAUGCCAUUGAGGAUAACAAUGGGGCAAGGAGAAAACGAGGAGGAGAGGAGGGGGGACAACCUUUGUUGCGCCGCCAUCGGGAUUAGAUGGCUCUUUAUGUAUGUUAGACUAUUUCUUCUGCUUGUGGAGAAAUACGAAACUCUCUUCCGCUUAUCUGAGGACAAUUUUUGUUCAAAGUUUUCAUGCAUCAUUGUCACUAGUUCUGGAGAACCCGGCGUUGCAACUCGUUAUUUUAUCAAAAAGAUUAAAACUGAAUUGAACAUCCCCGUCCUUUGCAUCAUGGAUGCAGAUGCGUACGGAAUCAAGAUGAUGUGUGUGCAUAAAUUUGGCUCGAAGGAGCUCUCAUAUGAUAGUGAGAACUUAGUAAUUUCAUAUGCGAGGUGGUUGGGAGUACGGCCUUCUGAUGUUGAAUUAUUUCAAAUUCAAGCCCACUAUUUGUUAGCCCUCAUGAAAUUUGACAUUAAAGUUGUGAGGAAGCUGUUGAAGGCUAAGAAGAAGUUUGAGAUACAAGCUCUGAGCGAGUUCCAUAUCCAGUUCCUUAGUCAAGUCUACCUUCCCUACCAGCUCCAAAACAAGAACUGGAUUUGA